AUGGGUCCACCAGAUUCUCCAUACGCAGGCGGUGUAUUUUUCCUAUCUAUUCAUUUCCCAACCGACUACCCAUUCAAGCCACCAAAGAUCUCUUUCACUACUAAAAUUUACCAUCCAAAUAUCAAUGCUAAUGGUAACAUCUGUUUGGAUAUUCUAAAAGAUCAAUGGUCUCCAGCUUUAACUUUAUCCAAGGUUUUAUUAUCUAUCUGUUCGUUGUUAACAGAUGCUAACCCAGAUGAUCCUUUAGUCCCAGAAAUUGCCCACAUUUACAAGACAGAUAGACCAAAAUAUGAAGCAACUGCUAGAGAAUGGACCAAAAAAUACGCUGUAUAA